AUGUCUUGGUGGUGUUUAGACGAGAUAAAAGUUAAAGAGGAAGAAGAACAGACGCUCGAUUUAGCUUCGGCUAGCAAAGAUACUUCGCCGCUUUACGUCUCAGAGAAAGUCAUCGCUGAACGACAAACACCGGAAGGACUUGAAAUACUGGUCCAAUGGGAAAGAUUUCCGGCUGAAGAAGACUGGACAUGGGAACGAGCGAAGUCCCUGGCUGAAAGCGCCCCAGAUUCUAUUGACGAAUGGAACCGUAGAGCAGAUCGCACCAGUAUUGAAAAGGAGAACGAGGGGCAUGACGCUUGUGAGAUACAGGUGGAGAAAAUAUUGGGACGUCGCAAAGUCAAAGGUACACCGCAUUACUUGGCCAAGUGGAUCGGGUAUGAUCAGGUGAAGGAUAGGACUUGGGAACCCUGUGAGAAAUUGCGAAUUGAUGUGCCUUUUAUUGUUGAGGAAUAUGAAGCCAGGCCCAAGCGGAGGACGUAA